CUGAGCUGCCUGGCGCCGUCUUGAUACUUUCAGAAAGAAUGCAUUCCCUGUAAAAAAAAAAAAAAAGUACUGAGCAAGGGAAGAGAGAGGGGGUAAAGAGAGAGACGGAGAGAGCGAGACAGAGAGAGCCACGCAAUCUGGCCGGGCAGGUCACACGCGUCCUUCUCCUCCUCCUCUUCCUCUUUGCUCCUCGCUACCCAGGUGAACCGAGGAGGGUCUCCGCCUUGGAGCCGCCGAGGAACCCCGGUACAGGGCAGCGUCACCCGCGGAACUCCAGCGCCUACGCCUCCUGCGUCCGCUUGGGUCGCUUUUUAGUCUUUCCAUACUUAAUUUUUGGAUUUCCUCCCCUUUCUCUUCUUUUUGCUGAACCACCCCUCAAAGAUUAUUUUUUUCUCCUCCAGACCUCCCCGUUAGCCCGCCUCUUUUCCUCUUAGUCCCCUGGACCCCCCCGCCAAAAACAAAUCGGUGAAAGACCCCUCCACUCCCCUCACCUCGUCCCCGGCCUUCGGACGGCGGGAGCGCCCCCCGACCUCCCAGGUCGACGCCCUCCCUCUCCGUGCGCGCGGGUUCCGGGCCCGGCGAGAGGGCGCGAGCGCAGCCGAGGCCAUGGAGGUGACGGCGGACCAACCGCGCUGGGUGAGCCACCACCACCCCGCGGUCCUCAACGGGCAGCACCCGGACACGCACCACCCGGGCCUCGGCCACUCCUACAUGGACCCGGCGCAGUACCCCCUGCCCGAGGAGGUGGAUGUACUUUUUAACAUCGACGGCCAAGGCAACCACGUCCCGUCCUACUACGGAAACUCGGUCAGGGCCACGGUGCAGAGGUACCCUCCGACCCACCACGGGAGUCAGGUGUGCCGUCCGCCGCUGCUGCACGGAUCGCUGCCCUGGCUGGAUGGCGGCAAAGCCUUGGGCAGCCACCACACCGCCUCGCCUUGGAACCUCAGCCCCUUCUCCAAGACAUCCAUCCACCACGGCUCCCCGGGGCCGCUGUCUGUCUAUCCCCCGGCCUCGUCGUCCUCCCUGUCAGCGGGCCACUCCAGCCCGCACCUCUUCACCUUUCCGCCCACGCCGCCCAAGGACGUCUCCCCGGACCCGUCCCUGUCCACCCCGGGCUCGGCCGGCUCUGCCCGGCAGGACGAGAAAGAGUGCCUCAAGUACCAGGUGCCGCUGCCCGACAGCAUGAAGCUGGAGACGUCGCACUCCCGCGGCAGCAUGCCUGCGCUGGCCGGGGCUUCGUCGUCGGCCCACCACCCCAUCACCACCUACCCGCCCUACGUGCCGGAAUACAGCUCGGGACUUUUCCCGCCCGGCAGCCUGCUGGGCGGCUCCCCCACCGGCUUCGGAUGUAAGUCGCGGCCCAAGGCGCGGUCCAGCACAGGCAGGGAGUGUGUGAAUUGUGGGGCAACCUCGACCCCGCUGUGGCGGCGAGAUGGUACCGGGCACUACCUGUGCAAUGCUUGCGGGCUUUACCACAAAAUGAACGGGCAGAACCGGCCGCUCAUCAAGCCCAAAAGGAGGCUGUCAGCAGCCAGGAGAGCCGGUACUUCCUGUGCAAACUGUCAGACCACCACGACCACCCUGUGGAGGAGGAAUGCCAAUGGAGACCCUGUCUGCAAUGCCUGCGGGCUCUACUACAAGCUGCACAAUAUUAACAGACCCCUGACUAUGAAGAAGGAAGGCAUCCAGACCAGAAACCGAAAAAUGUCUAGCAAAUCCAAAAAGUGCAAAAAGGUGCACGACACGCUGGAGGACUUCCCCAAGAGCAGCUCAUUCAACCCGGCCGCCCUGUCCAGACACAUGUCUUCUCUGAGCCACCUCUCUCCCUUCAGUCACUCCAGCCACAUGCUGACCACGCCCACGCCGAUGCACCCGCCGUCCAGCCUCUCCUUCGGACCUCACCAUCCCUCCAGUAUGGUGACCGCCAUGGGUUAAGAGCCCAGCCCGAUGUGUACAGGUCUCUGAGCGAGAGAGAGUUUCCCCCCCCAGUCCCUUCUACUUGCGUUUUUGCAGGAGCAGUAUCAUGAAGCCCCAUCGCGAUGGAUGUGUGUUGGUGAAGGCCGAGAAACAACGACGGUUGCCGCUUUUGCAAAAGAGCUCACUGCGACCGCUGAAUCGGGAUCCCAUUUGUGAAUAAGCCAUUCAGACUCUCAUAUUCCCUAUUUAACAGGGUCUUCAGUGCUGUGAAAAAAAAAAAAAACAAAACAGAAAAAUUAAAAAAAAAACCACUGAACAUUGCAUAUAACUUAUAUUAUAAGAAAUAACUGUACAUUCGAGGAAGACUUUAUCGCACCUGGGUAGCUGUAAGGAAAGCAUGAAGGACACCGAGCAUCUAAGGAAUCUGGGAGAAACGAAGCGUGCAAAUUCAGAAGAAGCUAGGUCUGAGAUCCAGAUGGACACACUGCCAGUUGAGUUUCCUUUCACUGGCCACACUUGUUUGAUGCAUUAAGAGUGGGGUGGGGGGGAAAGAAAAAGAAAAAAAGAAAAAAAAAAGAAAAAUGUUGUAGGCAAAUCAUUCGUUCCAAGCUGUGGGUCUCUGCACAGAAAAUCUCAGUUGUGGGCAAUCGCUCUUAAGAACUCACACAUUGCCACUGAGGGUUUUGAAUAGUCUAUCCCUAGGCCUACAUGCUUUGUGAAUAAGUCCCUGUAAUUGUUGUCUGUAUGUAAAAUUCAAAGCACCGAAAUAAGAAAAGAUGUAGAUUUAUUUCAUCCUAUUAUACAGACUGCAUUGUUGUAUAAAUUUAUUUACUGCUAGUGUUAAGAAUUCUUUUUUUUUUUCCUGUUGUUUUAAUAUUUUCCUACUUUCUCCCAUUUUUGGUUGAAUAAACUAGAUUACAUUCGGUUGACCUAGGUGGUUGUGGUCUGGAGGGUUUAUUUUCUAUUUUUUUUUUUUUUGGAUGAUAUUUAUUAAAUAGCUUCUAAGGGACAGCGGUAUCUCUUCUCAUUCCCUUCGCAGCCUGUGCUCCGAGGGUAGCAAUGUAUGGGCUACCGCCAUGCAUGUCAGCGACCCUGGCCCUGCAAGGCCCCGCGUCCUGAUUGCUGCCUGGCUCAUUGUCGUCUGCCCUGUCAUGUUCUGUGUUAGUGAUCACUGCCUUUAAUACAGUCUGUUGGAAUACUACUAUAAAACUAAUCAUAAUAAAGUGAAACUAUUUUAAAA